AUGGCCGAAACAGGUACGUCAUUAACAAGGCACCUCGAGUCACGGUCUGAUCCGUUCGUCGCAGGCACCAUCGCUUCAAUCCUCGGGGUCGCAGGGGCCGGUUUCAGGCUGUCUCUCAUUCUCAACGCCAUCAGCUGUGAGAUUGUCAAUGCCGGCUUCGAAGUCCACGGCAUAUCCAAGGGAGUGACUCUAUUCUCCACGAUGCUCAAACAAACCGGCGUGGUCCUCCAGGCGGCGGAUUCAGUCCAUUCCAACGAAGCAAUCGAGACUGCGAGGUCAAUAGCGGAUGAGGGCACUCGAGUCUUUGAUGAAAUCCACGACAUGUUGGAUCGCUUGGGCACCAAAUCCAGCGACGGGAAUGCUACACCCAGUCUUCAGCAGAGAUUCAGAUGGUGUUUCAAGAAGAACCGAGUGACAUACUUAAUGGCGCAGCUGGAGAGUCUAAAGUUGAGCCUGGCAGUCAUGCUGCAGGUUAUCCAGCUGGGACAACUCAUGGCAUCCACUUCCCGCAGAGAUCCUCCCGAAGAAGUCGCAGUGAAGACGGAAGCAAUCAAGCAAGAACGAUUGGAGGCACAGAACGCUGUCAUUGUUCGCUACUGGCAGAUGAGUAAGAUGGACCGUGUCUUUGAAGCAUCAAGGAGAGAAGAGGAAGAUGAUCGUCGAGCCAGCAUCGAUAACGAGGCAGCCAAGGAUGAUGAAUUGAAGCUGGUGUCAACAAAUGAGUCGGUUUCCACAUACGACCCACCUCCGCCAGAAUAUGCACCCUCGAGUGCGCUGAUCAAACUCCCGGUGUUUUCUCUCGGUGAACUGGAUCAGACUCUCCACAAAAUCAAGGGCUCGCCGAAAGAGAUGAUUCAGGUCUCGGAUCAAGCUAUUGAUCCCCUCCUCGAACGCUGGACCAACUGGCGUGAAGUCAGGGAAAGGCGACAUCAACGUGACUCUGGCGGACGGUACGCGCCGUCGGUGCAGCACCUGAAUGAGGAAGAUGAAGAGAUGCCUUAUCACGAACGUUUCCGAGAACGGGAUGACAUUUCUCGGGGAUAUUAUCUUGAGGGAACUACCACAGAUUGGAGAAAACCCAACUCUUCGGCAGCACGACAUGAGGCCUACCGGAGGAGGAAACGAUAUGAGAAUUACCAGCCUAGUGUGAGUGCUGCUAGCAGCGAUGUCGAGGAUUCUCCUGGAAGCGCCAGCUCUAAAAGAAGAGUUGCUCGGCACCAUGUCAUUGAUUCCAGCUCCGAAUCAUCAGCGUCAGAGGCAGACGUUGCGAAGCCCAAACCCCGUCGGCGAAGUAGUGGCGCGGGACACGUACAAGAGCGCAGGAUAUCGAUCCCCGAAGGUGCUCCAAUCACGCAUGCACAUACUACCGUCCAACCUCCUACAUGGGCGACAUCUAAUUCCGCAAACAACACAAACAGGCCUCUAUCCGCAACACCAGGUCAAUCGACAGCAUCCGGCCUACUCUCCCCGGCCUAUCAUUCUCCUGGGCAUCGCCCUUGGGCAUCUCCGGAUCAGAACAUGGGACACCACAGCCUAUCCACGCCCAUCCCUGCCCUACAUACAGCCAACAACGCGCCGAAUCCCUAUUCUAAUUACUCGACAUAUGGGAAUGCCGUAUACCCCCAGUACCCAGUUCAGUCUCAACUACACCCCCCUUCACCAUACCUACCACCAUCAAGUCCGCAGUCAAGAUACUUGCAACAACCAACGAGCCGGAUGGGUUUGCCACCACGACCUGUCUCUCAAGACGGUAAGCAAGCACGGUCACCCUCCCGUCUAUCUUCACAUAGCGCGACGCCGCGAUCACACGGAAGAGGUGACGGCGACAAGCGCCAUGCCAAAGAAAAAUCGACGAAGCAAAACCUCAAAGAGAGUGCUACCAAGGGCUUGCUUGGAGCGGGGGCAAUUGCAGGUUUCUUGGAAGCUCUAGAGGGCCUCAGCCUCUGA